CCCGGCCGCCGUGUGGUAACAACACGCACAACAAUGAGUGGCGUCGUUGUGACAAAGUCCCCGUCGGUGGUCGUCGUUCCGGCGGCAUCGGUGGCGGCCACGCUGCCGGUCGGCGACACCGUCGCUCUCUCCUCUUUCGACAAGUGCGUUGUUCCUUCUCCGACCACGUUGCUGCUCACGUUCGACCGCCCGAUCCACGAGCCCGGGGAGACGGUAAAGACGGCCCUGUCACGCGCGCUCGUGCACUACCGCCCCAUCGCCGGCCGCCUGGACGGUGAAGGCGGCAUCGUGUGCACCGGAGAGGGCGUGACGUUCGUGGGCGCGUCGGCCACCUGCGCCCUGGAGGAAUUAGCCACGGGGGUGGUGCAGCUCAUGGACCUCGCCGUCCGCUACCCCGGCCAGUUCUGCCGCGAAGCCGAACCCUUGCUGCUGGUGCAGGUGACGGAGUUCUCCUGCGGUGGCUUCGUCGUCGGGGUGACGUGGAACCACAUCGUGGCCGACGGCGUGGGGAUGGGACAGUUCUUGCAGGCCGUCGGUGAGCUCGCGCGUGGGGUGUCGCCGCCGUCCAUCGUUCCGGUCAGGCACUGGGAUGACUCGCUCCCGGGUCUCCCACCGUCGAUGGUCGCCGCGCAGAAAUCCACCAUGAACCACGGACCUCAUGACCUGGCCCGCCUCGACGUCACCGUCCCCUCGAGCCUGAUCCGCCGCGUCAAGGACGAGUCCGGCGGCACGGUGUUCGAGGUCGUCACCGCGGUGCUCUGGCGGUGCCGCACCCUCGCGGCCAUGUCGGCAGACGGCGACCCCGAGUCCUUCGCGCCGCUCGCCUUCCCGUGCAACGUGCGCGCGCACGUUGGCGCCAAGGACGGCUACUACGGCAACUGCGUCACCGUGCAGCUGGUCCCGGCCACGAGCGUCACGGUGGCGACCAGUGGCAUCGGCGACCUUGUCCGGAUGAUCAGGCGCGCCAAGGAGAAGGUACCUGACCUGCUGUCCAACAGCAGCAACGGCGGCGCAGCACCCGACGGCGGAGCAGCAGAGGGGCAGGCGCAGCUCGGGUGGUAUGACGCGCUCGCCGUGGUGAGCUGGCGGAACCUGGGGUUCGACGCGGCGGACUUCGGCGGCGGGGGGCCGGCGCGGGUGAUGUGGCCCGCCGAGCGGACGGUGGUGCCGGGCUGCGUGGUGUGUCCGCCGUGCAAGGCAGGGAGGGACGAUGGGGUGAGCGUGUCGUCGCUGUGCGUCAAGCAGGAGCACGCCGGCGCCUUCCUGGAGGAGCUUGCGAGGCUGGCCGCAUCAACGUGAUGAAGCGGAUCCAGCCAAGGGACUAAAAUUUCGCAUGAAUUCCAGUUAUUCCCGAGGUGAACGAAAAAGGUCCAAUUUCGGUUAAAAAUUUCGGAAUUUAGUUUUUUGGAAUUUUAGUUUGGUAAUAUAAUUAAAAUGAAUGCCCCGGCCAAUGCAAGUUUCAACGUCUAGCGCAGUGGUUAACAUCUUUAACUCCUGCAAUGGAGGCGAAAAUGAAAACUGUGUCGCUACGGACAGCUUUAUAUAGGCAUUCCAAAAAAAAAAAAUUAACUUUCAAUUUUCGGAAUUUCGUUCAGAAUUCACGAAUUCCAAUGUUUUGGCCGAAAACAAUUGCAAAACAGAACGCGAAUCCCUGGAUCCAGUAAUGUUAAUUAUUACACAAGCCUUUUCUUUUCAUGUUACAAGUGGAUCAACAAGCAUAAGGAUUUCUAUGUUCAUGUUCAUCCGAGCUCGCCACAGGCAGAGGGAGAUUUUCAGAAGAUACAUGUUAAUAGACCAUGGAAUUGGUCAUUAGCUCAUACGGAAUCGAUCUCCAAGUUGACGAAUUAAGUAAUCAUAUAUGUAGUUGCUGCUGGCUUGUAUACUUUUUUUUUAGAUGGGAUAGUACUACUUUGACAGUUCCUGAAU